GUGAGCCAUGGGUGUUGGUGAGUGAUCCCAUCCCUUUCCCAAACUGCUGCGUGCCUCUUGUCUGUGCUGCUGUGGGGCAGCCUGCUCUGGGGUGAUGGAUGGAAUGUCCUCUCUGCUCUGUGUGGGCCCUCCUGGGGCUCCCACAUGCUCUGCAGGCUGUGUUCCCUCUGUGCAGCACCCUCUGGUCCUGCAGUGCUGGGGUGAUCCUGCUCCAUGAGCUGGGGCUGUCCCUGUGCCUCCUGGCAGUGGCACCUCUGAGCUGUGCUGCUGUCCAGGUGCUGCAGGAGUGUGAGGGUGUUCACAGGGGCCUCAGGCUGAGGGAAGAGACCAGGAUUUGACUCUGUUUCAGAAGGUUUGAUUUAUUAUUUUAUGGUGUAUAUUACAUUAAAACUAUACUAAAAGAAUAGAAGAAAGGAUUUCAUCAGAAGGUUAGCUAAGAAUAGAAUAGCAAAGAACGAUAACAAAGGUUUGUGGCUCGGCUCUCUGUCUGAACUAGCUGGGCUGUGAUUGGCCAUUAAUUACAAACAUCUAAUAUGGGUUAAUCAAAGAUCUAGUUGUUGCAUUCCACAGCAGCAGAUAAUCAAUGUUUACACUUUGUUCUUGAGGCUCCUCAGCUUCUCAGGAGGAAAAAUCCUAAGGAAAGGAUUUCACAUAAAAGAUGUCUCUCUGUUUCACAUGAGAGCUGCUGAGUUGACUUCUCUGUGCAGAGUGGCAGGAAGGUUGUGUGUUGUGAAGGUGACAGCACCAGUCCUGCUGGGCUGGCACGGAACAUCUCAAGGUAGAGCAGUUCAAGUUGGUGAUCCAUAACUGGCCCUGGGAUAUGGUCCUUGUAACACAUUUUUUUACAUCUUUACCCAUGUGAACUUGAAUGAUUUGCUGCUGGUAUCUCAGAGCAAACUGAUGUGGAUGACUGGGGUGGUGCUGUCAACACCCAGUUUUGCACCCCAGUGCUGGUUUUAUUCAGUGGUAUAGAUGCAGCCAGUAAAGAUGAGGUGUUGCUCUGAGAAAAUGAGGAGCUAUUAAGGCUUCAUAGGUUCCCUGUGAUCUGCUCUUUGGUCCUGUGUCCUGACAGGCUGUGUGGUAGAUGAGAGCUGGAUUUGAUUUCCAGCUUAACUGCUAGAAUUCUGGGGGAUGUAACUUACCCCUUAAAUUUCAGUUUACUCCUUUUCAAGACAGCCAUGAUGGUAGUGACUUCAGAUUUUAUUCCAGAUCUCAAAGGGGCUGGAACAAAGGCCAGCAAAUAGGUGUGACAGCUCAGAGUCUAUGCAAUUAGUAAAUUGUCAGGUGGGGAAUUUGAGGUUCUUAGUGAUGCCAUAAUAACCAAGUUACUUUGAGGUAAGUGAUCACGUUUCCUGCUGGCUAAAACCAUUAGGGUUUUCCUGUGUUGCUCUGUUUGUGGGUUAUAAUAGUUUGCAUGUGACCCUGAAAGCAUGACUUGACUGCUGCCUGCUCUUCAAAGAGCUUCAGAUGCUGUUGUUGAUCUUUGUCUGUCUGUCCCACCCUCUCACAGGGGUUUUUGGCUUUUGACCUUCUGCUGUGAUUAUCAGUAAUAAUUUCUCUCUGUGCUAAGAGGCUGACUUUGAAUCAUCUUCUGAAUUAGAUAGCCUUGAAAUUUCAGUGAUCUGGAUUUGAUAUCUGGAGGGGGUACUUCUGUCUCCUCAGCUCCUUCAUCCUGGUGUUUAAGAACAUCAGUUGUUUGUCCAGUCAAGCAGUUUUCAAGUGGCUGUACAGGCUGGUUCAAAUGGGUCAUAUCACCAUAAGCAGUGAAGAGGUGGAAAGGAGAACAAGGGAAGAUCAUCCCUAGAGAAAAGGCUUCCCUUAGUCCUGCUCUUUUUUAGAAGUUCUUGUGACAGAGCUGUUGGCAGGAGAACAGAACAGGUGAACACCUUUGCAGUGGAGAGCAGAGAGGGUCAAGUACUGAGAUCAAAGGAAGGAGCAGGGCUGAAAUCCUCCCCUCUGGAGGAGCAGGCUGCCCCUUUCCAUGGCUGGCUGAUCAUAGGGAGUGCUGCUUUGGGUGGGGAGGACAGGAAAAACCUUUGCCUGUGUUCCUUCUCCCUGGGAAAGCCAGCAGGCUCAUACAGGUGGGCUCUUCUUGGGCAUUCCACCCUCACAUCUUUGGUUACUGGCAGCAGCCUGGGAGAGGAGAUGUGCCAGCAUGCAUUUAUCUUCCCAAAAUGAAUAUUGGAGCGUGCUGAUAGAAAUUGUGGGAGCAGCAAGAUUGCUUCUUAUCAGCUAAGGAUCAGUGCCCUGCCCAUCUGUGAGGGAGCCCUGUGCUGUCCUGCUGGGCUAUCCCAUGCUCUGUGCAGGGAGCUGUGCUGUGCUUCCCUGGUGCUGGCAGCCUCCUGGGCCUGCAGUGUGCCUGGAAGAAAUUCCCUCCUCACCCUCUCUGGUGCCUGCUGUUGGAGUUGCUGGCCAUGUUGUUGGGGCUGCUGAAGAGGUCAGUGGUAGAUUCAGAGCAGUGAUGAUGAGUUAUGUUUGUUUGGCUUUGGGGAAACUGGGGAGAUUAUUUGAAACAUGGGCUCCUGUUUUGAAGAUGGCUUGUAUGGGUUUUGUAUGCUGAGAGCAUCCUUGAAGCUAGUGGGGGGCACAGCACAGGGAUUUGAUUUUGAGUCAGGGAUCCUGAAUACCCUGAGCAUAUUGUUUAGAGUGUUUGAUGGUAAUUGAUGUAAUUGGCAAAUGUUAGACUUCAGGCUUAUGAAGCAUGCAAAAACCUGGCAACAUUUUUAGAAUCAUGUUUUGGUGAUGCAGCUGAAAUGAGCAAGUUCUUGAUCACAAGGAGCUCAGGAGCAAUUCAGUAUUCCUGGCACCAUAACUAAGAAUCACAGUCUUCUCUGGGAAACAAAGUUGUCACUCCAUGGGUGUCCUGUGAACUUUUCUUCAAUUCAGCAAAAGUUAUGAUGACUUUUUCUUUCUUUUUUACAGCAAUGCUGAGUGACAGUAACUGUGGGAAGCUGAAAAGUGACCAUUCACCUCCUGUGCAAUGGUGUAAGGUGGCUGCACAUGAAGAUGAGAAGACCAAGCUGGUUUCUAAAAGGUACUCGCAAAUUUCUUGCACUGUUUGUGGUUGGAGGGUGCUUCCUUUAUAUCCUCAAAUUGCAUCUUGACCCUGAGGAAUGUGACAGAACAAAAAUGCCAUAUGUGGACCUUGAUCGUGUAAAGAGGUCACAGCAGUUUGCCAGCGCUGUGCUGCAGGAGCAGUGCCGACCUUCUUAUGCCAGGAGAGAGAUGAAGAAGUUGUUUGCAGAGAAAUACAGCGUGGACAUACCUCCCUUUGCAAGGAAAAAUAUGAAUGAAGAUGAAGCUUUAUUUAAAUAUGAACCUCCAUUUGGAUUUCACAAGUUCUCUGAUAAACUUAAAGAUCUCCUUGAGCUCUUACCUGAGCAUGAUUUACCAGAAGAUUUGAAGUCUAAGCACUGUAAGCGCUGUGUUGUUGUUGGCAGUGGUGGAAUUCUCCAUGGAUCAGAGCUGGGUCACUUAUUGAAUCAGUUUGAUAUUGUUAUCAGGUUAAAUGAUGCACCAGUUCAAGGCUACACGGACCAUGUUGGAAACAAAACAACAAUACGGAUGACGUACCCCGAAGGAGCCCCCCUUUCUGAGCAUGAGUAUCCUCCUGCAAGCUUGUUUGUGGCUGUCCUCUUUAAAGGAGUUGAUUUCAGCUGGCUUCAAGCCAUGGUAAAAAAUGAAACCUUGCCUCUGUGGAUGCGGCUCUUCUUUUGGAGGGAGGUUGCUGAGAAAAUUCCUUUCACAUCAAAGCAGUUUAGGAUUCUGAAUCCAGUCAUUGUCAAAGAGACAGCUUUGGACAUUUUACAGUUCCCUGAGCCUCGAUCAAAGUUCUGGGGUUGGGAUAAGAAUGUACCUACAAUUGGGGUCACAGCAGUUGUUCUGGCCACACAUCUGUGUGAUGAAGUGAGCCUGGCAGGGUUUGGAUAUGACCUGGAUCAGCCCAGCACACCUUUGCACUACUACAACAACCUCUGCAUGGCUGCCAUGAAAGAACAAUUCAUGCACAAUGUGACGGGUGAAACAAAAUUCCUGCGGAAACUGAUCAAAGAACAAGUUGUCAGAGACCUCACUGGAGGGAUACACUGUGAAUUCUGCAGCAAAGACAGCUAGUGACCAACUUGCAGCAUGGACAGGAUUUGUUCCACUUCCAGAGGUUCAGCUGGAUCAAACCUUUCCCUCUCUUUGGUUCUUUAAAGUGUACAUGAAAUGGACGUGGGAUCCCUGCUGCCUUUUUUAAUGUCCCAUUCAAGCUGUCAGGCUUCUAAAUUAAUUUUCCUGUGAGACUUUACUUUGCACAUUUCUGUGAAUAGCUGUGUAAAUAUCUCAUCAAUUCAACUUGGAGUUGAAAGACAUCCAUUUAAAUUAUUUAAUAUUUUAAGUUGUCUGAAUAAAAUCAGGUUUUUUGUUUUCAAAUGUAUGUGGAACACACGUGGCUGGCCUGAAUUGUCUAACAGAAUGUGCAAGAGUUAUUUUCUCCUGAUCUGCUGUCUUUGUUGAUCCAGUUCCUGGUAUAUUGACUCCUUUUCAUGCAUGCCAUGAAAAGAAAGGCAUAUGCUUCUCAAGUCUUGCAUGUCCUGAACUUGAGCAUUGCAUUUACUCCUCAAAUAUUUAUAUUCAUUUGCUCAUACAUUUUUUGGGGGGUGAAGGACAAAUGUAGGAAUGAAGGAAAAGGAAUUGUUGUGGCAACAACUGAGUAGUAAGUACUUUGAUGUUCAUGAUUGAUAUUAAAACCAUUGAUAUAUGAAUGUUUUGGGUUAGAAUCCUGCUUUGUGAAGCACAUUCAGGCCCAGGGCCCUCUGGAAGAGGAUUUAGCCAGGAGGAGGCUUUAACCCAAUCCAGGUCAUUUCCAUUCCUGAAGACCUGCCUAAAUGUUUCUAACUGGAUCAUGUCCAGCACAGUUGAGUUACCCUAAUUAAAGAAGUGGCAUUAAUACAAAAUCUGCCACUUUUUAAAAAUGUAUAUUUUGAGUGAUUGAGAAGUGCUGGUUCUAUAAAACACUCGCUUGUAUCAAUCAUUUAGCAAAAAUCUGUGACUUGUGACUAGGUUACAAUUUCCACUGGUUAAUUUUAUGAUCCUGAAGUAAUUAAUUAUAGAUAUUGUCCCCUUAAUAAUUUGCAAUGCUGAUAACCUUUGUGAAGUCCAGUUUUGUCUAUUUAAUUGGAUAGGUAGAGUUGGUUUUCCCCGAGUCAGUAAAUGGGUGAGUGUAUAAGUUUAGAAGAAAAUCACUUUAAGAAAGUAGCGUAAUCUAGUAACAAGGUAGAUAGCUGCUGAAAACAGCAAAUUUAAAAAACAAAAAGAGAAAGGAAAGCUAUAGGUGUGUGUUCUUGGGGGUGGAAAUCAGUGCACUGCAAAGGCACUGGGCUGUGCAGAUGUGUAAUCACGUUUUUAUGUUUAUAUUUUUGUUAUUAGUAGAGUAUCAGGUGUGACUGUUUGCACUGAGGAGUUGUGUUACUCUAUCUACACUAUGAGCAAAAAGCUUCCUGUGGCCGUGGAAGCUUGUCAGCAAUUCAAUCAAGGGUUGGCCUGGAAACAUUGUUCUUAUCAUGGACUCUUCACCUGGUGAAUGUUCCCACUUCUCUUUGUUAUGGACAUAGAGAUGAAUGAAGCUGUAGUUGCACAUUUCAAAAAUACUCAUGUGGAAAUGCAGGAUUAGGGUGGUUGUGUUCUGGGUUUUUACUCUGUGGAGAGCAGAUCUGAUGAAUGAUAAUGUUAGCAUGCAGAAGCAGCAGACUGAUGCUCCCUGUUACACUGAGAGGCAAUGAAAGGACAUCAGAUCAUGAACCACAGCUGAGUAAAGUUGUGGACCUCAUCUUUCCUAAGCCCCACAUGUCUACAGGUCCUUUAAAGUCAAUUGUGGGGGCUGAACAAAUUUGAAAAUCAGGAAUUCUUGUUUCUGGCACUAUGUUCAUAGCAAUAAUGUUAAUCUAGCCUUCUCUUCCAUGAAAAGUGUUAAUUUUUAUAUUAGCAAUAAAUUUCUAGUCUGUUUUUUCUUUUUUUUAAGUAUAUUAUUUAAUUUAAAAAUAUUUCAUGUGUGAAGAGUUUUAUACAAAUAGUCCUUUAGUUAAUAUAUUAAAAUGUGGUAACUGUUUUCUCCUGGUAUUUAAACUGGAAGCAGAAUACAUUAAUUUCAUUUAGUAUUAAUGAAAUGUUGGAAGAUUUCAGAAUGUGUGUAUUGGGAGGAUGACUUGAAUACAAUAGAAGUCUGUAUUUCUGAGCACAUGGUCCCUCACCACUUCAUUUUGUUCAGCAACUUAAAAAUAAUCAGUUGAUUAGUGUAAAUGCCAAUAGCUUUUUGGAGAUGCUGUAUUUACUGUCAAAUUUGCAAAUUGUGUGGAUGUAGGAUGAGAUUUCCUACCUGUUUUAUGGCUUGUGAUAAAAACUUGUUCUCCAUGGUAGUCUGUGCAGACUUGGCACUCCAUGAAAUGGCAGCAAAAAGCAAUAAACUGAUGAAACCACUUUCUAUUUA